AUGUUGCGCUGGUACCAGUCCAAGUUGGCCAAGCGCCCCAUCCUCACUGCCAGUAUCACCAGUGCUGUCCUCUUCGCCUCCGGUGACACCCUCGCCCAGCAAGCCGUUGACCGCCGCGGUCUCGAGAAGCACGACUUUGCCCGCACCGGGCGCAUGGCCCUUUACGGCGGAGCUGUCUUCGGCCCCGUCGCGACCAAAUGGUUCGGUAUCCUGCAGCGUCAUGUCGUUCUCAACAGCACCUUGACCACCACUCUUGCCCGUGUCGGCUGUGACCAGUUUAUCUUCGCCCCGGUCCAAUUGACCGCUUUCCUUUCCUCGAUGGCCAUUAUGGAGGGUAGUUCUCCACUCGAGAAGUUGAAGCACUCCUGGUUGCCAGCCUACAAGGCCAAUUGUAUGGUCUGGCCGUUUGUGCAAGGCGUCAACUUUACAUUCGUGCCAUUGGAGUUGCGUGUGUUGGUGGUGAAUGUGGUCAGCUUGGGCUGGAACUGCUUCCUCAGCUUGAUGAACAGCGAUGAGGCGUAA